GUGACACCAGCAUGUGACGGAUCCGGGACUUGAAAAGCUGCACCUCUAGCAUCGGUCUUGUGAUGCUUGCAUCUGGGUCGUUGGAAGUACUUGAAGAACUAUUGGUUAAUUCGGGCAGGUCUCCGCGGCCCGGAUGCCUGGCUCCUCCGCAGCUGGGAAGCCGGUCCCUACGGGUUCCGCCAUGAGUUCGAGCAGCGACUCGUCGUUCUCCGAGACGUCAAGUUCGUCGUCGGAAUGCUUCGACACGACGAGCACGACGUCGACGUCCUUCUCCGACCAGGAGGACGGCGCGCUGUUCGUGGCCGCGGGGCGCCUGGUCAACCGCAGCUCGGUCAGCAACAACCGGCCGCCCAGGCGCGUGCGCCUUGGACCAGACCGGGAGAGCACCGUCAGCUACCUCGAGGCUCUCGACGAAGAGGAGGAAGACAGCUCGGGGACGCCCAAGGAAAGAUGCAGCAUCUGCCUGGUGGCCUACCGUGAGACUGACACGCUCAAGCGUACGCCUUUAGUGGCUCCUGAGUGUCCGGGCGCAGUCCGUGGUGGACGCAGGAAAGCGGUGAUCACCGGCGAGGGGAGCAGGAAGAGGCGCCACAAGCGAGGAGAGGAGGCGCCAUGCCAGUAGCGCUGUGCGAGUGGGCGCGUGCGCGCACAUCGGCGACAAACCUUGCAGCCAUAUGGUCGUGAUUGCAUCCCGCGCUCGCAGCCACGCCGGCGUCCGUUUACAGAACGGUUCAGACAGCAGCAACAGUGGCAGCCAUAGAUAAGCUUUCGCCUGUCGCAGUUUAGCUCAGCAAAGUGCCCAUAGAUUUUUUUUCUUUUCUCACCUCUUUAACGCACGACGUCAGGGGCACGCAAGGCGUCAAUUGCCAUAUUUUUGCAGUACUCAAAUAUUGUUUGCUAUAGUAAUCGACGCAUUUGGGAUACGUAAAUGAAUCCACACUGGCACUGGUGGCCUCCCUAUAAAAUAAUGAAGUUACUCCAUUCGUUGCUUGCCCCAUAUUUAAAUGGCUUAAUUUUUGCCUAAGCUGGUUACAACUGAGGCGGUUAGAAAUAAAUGUUAAUGGUAUAUUUAGA